AUGCAAGCUUCCGCAGAAACUAUUGCUCAACAAGCCCGCAAGGCAGGUAACAUUCUCAAGACUUUAUCUGACGAGAACCGCUCUGCAAUUUUGUUUAAGAUCCAUGAUGGAUUAAAAGAAAAUGCGGAGUUGAUUAGAAGGGCCAAUGCACUUGACUUGGAAAAGGCAAGAGAAACCAACUUGACGCAAUCUCUUUACAAGAGACUAGACCUGUUCAAGGGGGAUAAAUUCGAAACGAUGCUUCAAGGCGUGAAAGACGUUGCAGCUCUCGCGGAUCCUGCGGGGAAAGUGAAGUUGGCUAGGCAGUUAGAUGAAAAUUUGAAUUUAUAUCAAGUAACUGCUCCAGUAGGCGUUUUGCUUGUAAUCUUUGAGUCUAGACCCGAAGUCAUCGCUAACAUCACGUCUCUUUGCAUUAAGUCGGGAAACGCUGGUAUUCUAAAGGGUGGGAAAGAGUCUGUCAACACUUUUAGAGAGAUUUCGAAAAUCAUAAAUCAAGUCAUAAGCGAAAACGUCGUGAGUACUGGUGUUCCCGUGGGCGCCGUUCAGCUUAUAGAGACUAGAGAGGAUGUGUCUGGUCUGCUAGAGCAAGAUGACUACAUUGAUUUAGUGGUUCCUCGUGGUUCAAAUGCAUUGGUAAAGCAGAUCAAAUCCUCGACCAAAAUUCCAGUUUUAGGGCACGCCGACGGAAUUUGUUCCAUUUACCUCGAUAAAGAUGCCGACUUGGAGCAAGCCAAACGCAUUACUUUAGAUGCCAAGUGCUCCUAUCCCGCCGGUUGCAAUGCGGUCGAGACGUUAAUUGUCAACCGUCAGAUGCCAAACUGGUGGGAUGUAUUGAUUAACCUUUCGGAGGCGGGCGAUGUGACCAUUCAUGCUACUCAAGAAGUCAAGAAGCUCUAUUUGGUAAAGCUUCAAGAUUUGGGAUUAACAGAGACCUUCAAAGAAAAAGUUGUCGAUGUUGACGAAAGUGUCGACUUUGACCAAGAAUUUCUUUCUUUGGACAUUGCUGUCAAUUUCGUCAACACUGUGGAAGAGGCUGUGAGUCACAUUAAUACUCACUCAUCAAAGCACACUGACGCUAUCGUGACCGAAAAUGAACAAAAUGCCGAGCUGUUCUUGAAGGCUGUUGACUCUUCUGGUGUUUACUGGAAUGCCUCCACAAGGUUUGCCGACGGCUUCAGAUAUGGUUUUGGUACGGAAGUUGGAAUAUCAACUAGCAAAAUUCACGCGCGCGGUCCAGUUGGUCUUGAUGGCUUAGUCAGUUACCAAUAUCAGAUCAGAGGGAAGGGCCAAGUCGCCAGCGACUAUGUUGGUUCUGGUGGCAAGAGAGCGUUCUUGCAUAAGGACUUGGAUCUGGCAAAAGUUAAUAUUUAA